UAGAAAGAAGAACCGUAAUAUAAAUAUAACCUAACUUAAUUUGAUUUAGUUAAAUUUGACCAUUUGCCGGUUUGUUGUUUUUUUAUUUUCGAUUUUCGAAGUAAUAGUUGAUCGCAAUGUCUGCAUUUCAUGUAAUCAAGCAAUUAGAAGACAAAAAUGUACCGAACGAAAUUAAUUUUAUGAUCUGGAGCGAUCGAAUGGACUUAGUGGCACUUUCAAAUGUAAAAGGAGAGGUAGCAUUACACAGAUUAUCCUGGACCAGAGCUUGGAAUUUGAGUCCUCCUAAAGAUAAUUUACAAGUGAACGCAAUAGCUUGGAGACCCGAUGGAAAAGUAUUAGCUGUUGGUUAUAAUUCAGGUGAAGUUCUACUAAUUAGCGUGGAAAACAAGAAAACAUUGAAUGUUAAAGAUGCCCGAACAGAAAUAACAUGCUUAAAAUGGGUACAAGAAAAAGUCGAAUUGAAAUCGAACGACAGUUUGAAUUUAAAAGAAGAACAACCAAAAGAUUACAUGAAAUACAUAGACUUAACAAAGUUGUAUUUAAAAGAUCCACCAAUGAAUGGUUCCUCGGAUUCCUCGACUCCAGGAGAUACCAAAGAAACUAACUUCUUGCAAGAACAAACUGAAUUAAACUUAUUACUUGUUGGCACAAAAGAUGGUUAUCUUCACAUUAGAGUUUUUGGUUGUUUCACUUGCUCCAUAUUGAACAUUAAUGAUUAUUUAGGAUCUGCUUGUUCAAUUGAAGACAUUCAUAUCAGCGAAGAUUUGAGUAAAAUAUUCGUAACAGUUAAAGAUGCUCAGAACAAUAUUAAAAUAGUCGUAAUAAACGCGCAAAUAUUCAAAACGCAUGUACAGGAACUGUUUUGUAUAGCGAUUAAGUACGUUAAAUUAGUGGAUCUAGUGAAGUACUUAACGAAUACUAUAACUAACAUAACAGAAACGUGGGAAAGUUUUUUACUGGAAUUCGAUCAUAAACUUUCCAAAUAUGCCAAAAAGGUGCCCGAAGGAGGUAUAACCGCUGAUUUUUUAGAUUUUUUAAUGUUUGGUAUUUGUGCACCGGAACUGGAAGAAUUUUUAAUGACUGAUUUAACUAAGAAAGGUUUAGAAAAGUUUGGUCAAACUAUCGAAAUGAGUUAUUCUAACAUACAAAAAUUACUAUUAAACAACAUAACAAAGUUUGGUCAAAAUUUGAGCUAUCACCUUGCAGAAUUAAGAGGAAUGGCACGAUUCGAACAUCGAUAUGGCAUAACGGGAAUAAACGAAGAUCAGAUAAAUAACGCUAUUCAAUCGACUGGAGCCUUUUUGAUAAAAGCCGGAGAAAUGCAACAAGUUAUUAAUCACUCUGUAAUUAAUUACAAAGCCUUCUUUCGAUGGUUAUACGGAGUUAUAUUAUACUUAACAGAUGAAGCUGUCUCCAGCGAAAUUCAUAAAACGGCCGAGCAAGACUUGACUUAUAUUACAGAAUUUCUGCAAAACUUUGACCAGAUAGGUAAUAAAGGCAAAGAAGGUCAGACUACAAACGGCUUCGUAAUGGAGCGUGUAGGUCAAUACUUAGCGGACGCUCCUCUUAAAAUAACUUCUGAUUUAGAUGGAAAUGAGUGGCAGAAUUUUUUGAGUAAAAACGAAUGCCUCCGCAAUCACGCGCACAUCUUGCAGCAUUAUAAAAGUACCUCUUUGAUACAGCAAUUUAAAGAGCUAGCUGUUAAUAUAUCGGACAUAUUUGACACCCCCAAAAUGAAAUUGCAAUCGGAAUUCAAGGCAUCUUACGUAUUCGACUUUUUCGAUUUUAACGCAGAACCUCUGAAAAUGUCGAGCAUCAAUGUAACCAAAGAAAUGAUGUUGUUUAGUUUCAUAGAACCUUCCACGAAUAUUUAUUUGCUACAAGUUCACGUAACUGACGAUAAAUGCUUGGCGCGUUAUGGAAAAUUCCAUUUCACUCAGUCUACAGAGGAUAAUUCUCAAGUGUACGAUAUACUAGACAUCGCAUUCUAUUCGAAUAACAUCCUGUCUGUGCUUUUACAAGAAAAUUCUCCGUACAAACUAGCAGUUUUGCUUCAAUUUUCUCUGCCAUCCGCUUUGGAUAAUCUCGUAGAAAUCGACAUACAUUCCAAAAUAAAUCGACAAACUCUGCCCAACUCCGAUGGUUCUUUGAUAUCACCGAAAUUGAUUAAAAAUGUGGAAAUGUCCGCUUCGCGCUUCGCUGUAUCCGGCGCAAGAAGAGUGAGCAUCGUUUUAUCAGAGAAUAAACGGAAAGUAAAGCUAUUUGAAAUGGAAGCCGAAGAGGAAGACGAAGAAGACGCCGAUAUGACUUGCAAUACUUCCAAAGAUGAGAGCAGACAGGACAGAUCUUCAAAUGAUGUUUCGUUAUAAUUUGGUUUAUCUAAUUUCUGCUCCUCCGAAAGAAAUGUAACAAGUACCAUGGCUCGGAUGAAUCUAAAAAAAAUGUAUAAAUAUUAACUUAAAGGGUUGGAGAAAAUUGGCAGUUUUUAUUACUUUGCCUAUCGUUAAAGAGCCCUGGUGAAAAACCCUUCCAAUGUACAAUGUUUCUCCUUGUUUAGUCCUUCCGCCUACAACAGCAUUGGACGGCACUCUUCCAUUCGAAUCGGAAGUCCAUUCUGGGCGAAGGUUGCACAAAACCUUUAAAUAGUUAAUACAGAGAAAAUGUGAAGAGGAAAGGAAUUAAAUAUGUACUUACUUGGUACGAAGUUUUCAGGUGUUCUUUACCGUUGUAAGCUAUAUAACAGGCGUUUCUUCCGGGCACUAUUUUGGCUGGUAGCGUAUCUCCUUCGUGAUAUGCUUUCCCAAUGUAGAUAGCGUGUCCAUCAAUGUCUGUUCCGGCUCUAACAGCUGUGGAUGGUAUUCCUCUUCC